AUGCCGUCCGUCAGCAGCGUCGAGCCGUCGUUGGUCGCCGAGCGCGACUACCUCGCCGCCCUGUCGCGCUUCAUCAAGACGCACGAGGCGGCUCUCGCAGCGUACUACACGCCGCGCUCCAAGCACAAGGCCCACGCGCCGCCGAGCUGGACGACCGUCCUCACCCUCGGCAUCGUCCCCACCGCCGACUCGCCCUCGCCCCCACCUCCUCCUCCUCGUCGACCGCCGCUCGUCCUCAACUUCGACCCGCACCACCUCUACUACCUCCUGCUCAGGUUCGACGAGCUCGGCAUCCCCAACACGGGCGAGCUCGACGUCCCAGUCGAGGGCGGCACGACACGCCCGAUGAUGGUCGACUACUCGUCGGUUCCCGGCGGCCGCGCACCAGGCGGUGGAGGGGGCAGCCUCCUCGGCGGCAUCCCUGGAGCGGGCAUGCUCGGCUUCCCGAGCUCGUCCAGCGGCGACGACUCGCGCAGCAUCCGCAGCGGCAUCUCGAGCUUCUCGUUCGGCUCGGGCUGGUGGGGGCUCGGGUCGGGCGCGCAGGCGCCGACCAAGGACGAGGAGGCGGCCAACGUGCGCUACAUCUACUCGUCGUGCACCAAGCUUCCGGCCCUCAAGCUGUCGCCGUUCCACCUCGUCGCCGCCGACGGGACCCCGACCCUCGCGUGCGCCGUCGAGGGCUUCGUCGACUGCCCGCCGCCGGCGACCUGCGUGCCCCUCCUCGCCUUCAAGAACCUGACGGCGCUCACCCUCGAGGACCUCGACCCGCGCGGCUUCGUCGGGUGGGACGUCCUGUCGGUCCAGCUCCGCAGCCUCGAGGUCCGGCGAGGCGGCAUCGAAGACGUCGGCGAGCUCAUCUGCGACGCGCCGUCCGAGGACUCGGCGAGGAGGAGCGAGGAGGAGCGGCGGCACAAGCCUGUUGGGACGGAGCGCAAGCGCCGCGCCGAGGGCGUCAGCAAGACGUCCCUCGCCGUCGAGACCUCGAGCGCGAGCGCUCUCCCGCUCGACGGCGCAAAUGGCGAGCACGGCGACGGCGAGGUCGGCGAGCGACGGCCUGCCUCACCGAGAACGUCGGCGGCAUACGCGACGCCGCCGCGCCUCGCAUGGUCGUCCCUGCGCCACCUCGCGCUCCCCGACAACUCUCUCACCUUCGUCCCCUCCCUUCCCCUCACCUUCCUCCCGACCCUCACCUCGCUCGACCUCUCGUCCAACCUCCUCAUCUCGAUCCCGCCCGCCCUCGCCCACCUCACCUCGCUCCGGAGCCUCAACCUGAGCGACAACAUGAUCGACUCGCUCCUCGGCAUCGCGAAGGCGCUCGGCGCCAUCACGGCCCUCAACCUGUCGCGCAACCGGCUCGAGAACUUCUCGGGCCUCGACCGCCUCGCAGCCCUCGAGCGCCUCGACGUGCGCGACAACGCUGUCGCCGACGUGCUCGAGGUGUCGCGCCUCUCGCGCCUGCCGCACGUGCGCGAGGUGUACGUGCGCGGCAACGCGUUCACGCGGCCUCGCGAGGAGGGCGGCGACGAGCAGUGGCGGGUCAAGAGCUGGGGCUACUUUGUCGAGGAGGACGUGCAGGGCCACCGGGACGUGCCGGCGGCCGAGGUGCGGCUCGACGGCGCGCUCAUGACGGGGAGCGAGCGUCGCGCCGUCGAGGCCGACUUUGGGCGGCGAGGGACGCCGCUCAGCAGCAGGGGGAGGAGGGCGAGCGCAGGUGCGGCAGACCGGCCGGCCGAGAAUGGCCAGGCCAAGGUCGUCGUCGGCCGCCGCGUCGUCACGGCGCCUCAUCGGCAGCACCGCGAGCGCUCGCCACCGCCGCCGCUACCCUCGGCGGCGCACCUCGCCCCGUCCACUGCCGCCGCCGUCGCCGGCGACACCGCCUCAAUCGCCUCGGCGAGCAGCGCGCCGCGCCCUCUCUCGCCGUCCAAGGUGCACCACAAGGCGCGUCGCAAGCCCCGCCGCAUCGUCGACCUCGACGCCGACCCGUCCCACCCCUCAACCUCCUCGCUCGCGCCCGCACGUCCCGCCUCGGACUCGGACCAGCCCUCGUCGUCCGGCGCCGAGCACUCGGGCUCGUCGCGCCUGCAAGGGCUCGCCGUCUCGGGCGACGCCGACGCAGGGCACUACUCGUCCGACGCGCAGUCGAGCUCGCCCGCUCGCGCGCGCAGCGCCGUGCGCUUUCUCGGCCCGGCGGCAGCAGGAGGAGCAGCGGCGCCAGCGGGCAGCAGCUCGACCGCCGCACGCCGCACCGCGCGCCGGCAGCUCUCGGCAUCGACGUUCAACGUGCCCGCCGACGGGAGCGGCGCCGAAUCGGGCGGCGGCGGCGAGGCGCUGCGCAGGAGGAUCGAGGCGCUGCGGGACGAGGUCGGUGAGAGCUGGCUGUCGGUCUUGGGCGAGCGCGAGGCGCGGGACGUCGAGGCGAGGCAGGCGCCGCAGGAGCCUGUCGCGAAGCGCGAGGAGAAGCAGGCGAGCGGAGCGAGCGAGCAGGCCGGGCAGGGGUCCGAGCGGCGUGCGGAGCAGGGACCGCCGGCGCCCGUCGCUGUCGAGGACGCAGUGCCACCGCCGGCGGCCGAGGACGAGGCGGCGGCAGCGGUGCCGACGACGGUCAAGAGCGUGCGGAAGAAGAAGUCCAAGGGCGGAAAGAAGAAGGGCGGGCGAUGAGGUUGUCGAGCCGGCUCGAGCCCUGCAACCUGUCCUUCUUGC